CCCAAUACUUUGGCUUGUUUUCUAUGUGGUUUUUCGCACCAUGGACGCCGAAUACCAAUCCCUGAUCGAUGCUUUCCGGGCCGGGCAGAAGAAGCCCGAGUUUCCCAGCAACUUUGAUUCGAGGGAGUAUGCGAGACGGUUGGAUGCCCAAGAUAAGCUCAGUUUUCUUCGAGACAGUUUCAUCAUUCCAACCAAGGGUUCCUUGCGGAAAAAAGCCCUUACGGGCACCUUGCCCGGAGAGCAUAAGCGAGUUGGAACGCUCGACGGAGAAGGGAAGCGUACGGAGCAGAACGGCAGUAAAAACAGCAGCGGCAACGCCGAGGAUGAAGAGCCAGCCAUCUACUUUGUCGGGAACUCCCUCGGCGCACAGCCCAAGUCCAUCCGGACGCACCUGGAUGCGCAGUUGGAGACAUGGGCGUCUAUAGGGGUCAACGGCCACUUUACCUCGCUCGACAACUCUCCCCUGACCGCCUGGCAGGACAUGGCCGCGGACUGUGCGCGAAAGUCGGUGGACCUCGUCGGCGCGGCGUCACCAAGCGAGGUCAUCUACAUGAACACCUUGACCGUGAAUCUGCACCUGAUGAUGGCCAGCUUCUACCAGCCGACAGAGAAGCGGCACAAGAUCAUUGUCGAAUGGAAGCCCUUCCCUAGCGACUACUACGCCAUCACCUCCCAGCUAGAAUGGCACGGCUUGAACCCGUCUACCUCGCUGGUGGAGAUCCACCCAGACGACCCGGAGACGCAGUACAUGUCGACGGCACACAUCCUCUCGGUGAUCGACGAGCACGCCGACGGCACGGCGCUGCUCCUGCUCCCGGGGAUCCAGUACUACACGGGCCAGCUGCUGGACGUGGCGCGCAUCACGGCGCACGCGCGCGCGCGGGGGAUCCCCGCCGUCGGCUGGGACCUGGCCCACGCCGUGGGCAACGUCGAGCUGGCCCUGCACGACUGGGGCGUUGACUUUGCCGUGUGGUGCACCUACAAGUACCUCAACGCCGGGCCGGGCGCCAUCGCCGGCGCGUUUGUCCACCAGCGGCAUCACCGGCUUCGUCGGGAAGAAGACGAUGGCGAAGGCGGUGCGAACGAUCACGACACCGCCGGCUCUAAUAAUAGUGCUAAUAAUGAUAAUAAUGGUGACCGACCGUCGGGGCCGCGCUACGUCCCCCGCCUGUCCGGGUGGUACGGCGCAGACAAGGCGACGCGGUUCGACAUGGCCAAGGAGUUCCGCCCCGCGGAGGGCGCACACGGGUGGCAGGUGUCGAACCCGAGCGCGGCGGACCUGGCAUGCGUCGGGGCUGCGCUGGGCCUGUUUGAGCGCGCGGGCAUGCGGGCGCUGCGGGACAAGGCGGUCGUGCUGACGGGGUACCUGGAGCGCUUGCUGCUCGACUUGCUGGACCGGAGCGGAGUGACGGGAAGACGGAAUGAGGCGGGUGAGCCGGCGUUCCGGAUCCUCACGCCCGCAGACCCGCGCGAGAGGGGGUCGCAGCUGAGUUUGCUGCUGAGGCCCGGGUUGCUGGACCGGGUGAGCGGGAGGCUGGCCGAGGCCGGCGUGGUGGUGGAUGUGCGGAAGCCGGACGUGAUGCGCGUCGCGCCGGUGCCCAUGUACUGCCGGUUUGAAGACGUCUGGAUAUUUGUACGGGAGCUGGAGAAGGCGCUGGAGCGAGCAAUCAUAGAGCACACCCAAACAAAAUGAAAAACGAGGGGAGUAAGAAAGGUCUUAACCGCGAGAGCAUCAACCGAACGAACCCUAAGCUG